AGAGGGGGUUACCAAAGAUGCAAGUGGUGAGGAGAUACAAUGGAACCCCUCAGCCGCCAGGGAACACAGGCCCUGCCUUACACAUACAACUCGGGGACAUCCUCGAGGUGAUCUGUGCUGAAGCUCACUCCACCUGGUGGCAGGGUAAAAAUCUGACAACGAGGGAAAUUGGGUUUUUUCCGAGUGACUCAGUGAAGCCCUUGCCCUGUGUCCCCAAACCCACGGAUUUCUCUGGAUUCCCAUGGUACGCGGGGCCAAUGGAACGGCUGCAAGCCGAGAACGAGCUGAUCAACCGUGGAAGCAGCACCUUCCUGAUUCGGCAGAGAGUGAAGGAGUGUGGGGAGUAUGCCAUCAGCGUGAAGUACAACAAUGAGGUAAAACACAUCAAAAUCAUUUCCAGAGAUUCAUCCUUUCACAUCGCUGAGAAUAAGCGAUUCCAUGCUUUAACCGAACUUGUUGAAUAUUACAAAUAUCAUUCUCUGAAAGAAGGGUUCCGGUCCCUGGACACCACCCUACGUUACCCGUACAAAGACCCUGAGGAUGGCCCGAUCCAAAGAGCUCACCAUGGGCGGGGUCACUCUGCUUCUAUGCUCUGUGGGCUCUCAUUUGUAAAUCCUGCUGGUUUCAGCUUUCUACCUCCUUCCUCGACACCCUUCUGGUCAGCUUUGGGCCCGAAGGUGGUGGGUGUUGCUGUGGCUCAGUAUGCCUUCUCAGCACGAGAUAUGAGGGAACUGUCACUGCAGGAGGGAGACAUGGUGAAGAUUUACACCAAGAAUGGACCCAAUGGCUGGUGGCGAGGAGCUGUCAAUGGCAGGGUCGGUUGGUUUCCAUCCACGUAUGUAGAAGAGGAGGAGGAUUGUUUUCCAGACUGACUCCGUGCUGCAGUGGACACUCGGGGAUUGGUGAACCAACACAGCUACCCAUGUGCUAACCAUUCUGGAGCUGGUGCAGGCAAUUCUGUCCCUGCCCCACGUGUGGGGAAUGUGUUUUCAGGAGCUUAUGGCUUCAGUGGGAUCCAGGAAUCUCUGCAGGCAAUGAGGGGAAAUCUGUUCUGGAACACGGGGGGAUCCCAUUGCUGGCAAUCCCCUUGGAGUCCAAAUCCAGGAGCAGAGUCACCUGCACACCGAGUGGAUCCAGAUCACACUUUGAGCAGAUUGAGAUACAGCCUGGAGAUAUCGCUGGAGCUCUGCUGUUUGUGUCCCUCUGUGAAACUAGUAUAUGAUUGUUACUGCUGGCUGGAUCAUUCAGCAAACUCUCAUCUGUUUACACAGCCCAAUAAUCAGAUCCAACACUGAGCUCCAUCAGACCCAAUUCAGAAACAAUUCAAACUGGUCAACCUCUGUUGGAAAACAAAUCCGAUUCAUUGACUGGCCCCAAAGACCAAACCUGUCUGACUGACGAGUAGAUCUCCCUCAAACCCAGAACACCCGUCCCCUCGGGAUCACCCCCCAACAUCCAUCCCCCCAGGAUCACCCCCC